AUGGAAAUUCUUCUCAAGGCAGCUGAGCGCGAGAGCAUUUCUGUCCAGUUCGGCAAAACCCUUACUCAUAUCGAGGAAAAGAACGACGAGGUAAUCGCCACUUUCGCGGACGGAGAGACUGAUAUAGCAGACUUUCUACUUGGAUGCGAUGGCAUUCACUCGGCUGUUCGCAAGCUAUAUGUCGACCCAGAUCAGAAACCGGAAUAUACUGGCAUAUCUAACAUGUUUUCAAUGGUUCAACUGCACGAGGUUUAUACACCUUCUGGUCCUAUCAAGGAUCUCAACGCGACUUUGACCUCCGACGGACUAUUUGCUGUCACUCCAGCUACAUCGACAGGCGACAUCCUCUACUGGUUCUUCUCGCGAGAGAUUCCUCUUCCACAAUCCGACGAUGACCGUGACGGAUGGGAAGCCCGCGGUAAGGCCGAGACAGGGGCUUUUAAGUCAAAUCUGCUUCGCCUCUUGGGGGAUCAACCAUCCGAAUGGAUGGACUUCCUGCAAGACCUCGUUGAGAAGACAAAGGUUGUCAAGUUCUAUCCUGUCUAUAAGCUGCCAGCCGGAAGACCAUGGUUCAGGGGUCGUUGCCUGAUCAUCGGAGAUGCCGCACAUGCUAUGCCGCCUCACGCUAGUCAAGGUGUGUCGAUGGCCUUGGAGGACGUCUUCCUGUUCUCGAAGCUACUAGAGACCUGCAGCCUACCUCCCGAAGAUGCUCUUGCUGCCUAUGUGGCCAAACGGACAGCAAGGACCGAGACAAUGCUGAAAAGAGCCGAGGCAAACGCCUCGGUGCGCAAACAAACAUCGCCGUGGCGCGUGCGUGCAAAUGAGCUAGCCAUCUCAGGUGGGUUAUGGCUUUACAAGCUAGUUGGCUUGGAGCGCAUGGGGCUUGGUCAAAAGGAUUGGACGUACGAUAUCGAGACAGAAGCGUUCUGA